UCUUCUUGGGGGCGCUGCUCUGUCAUGUGACACGGAGCUUCAGUCGUCUCGUUCUACUUCGUACUAACGAUUUGGUUGUUUUAGUGAAUAUAAUUAAUAACGAAACACGAACUCCCGGAGAAGAUUCAAUCGGCCGAACUGUAAAAUACAAAAUAAACAAAGUGUUAGCUAAGUUAGCUUCCAACGUAACGUUAACGGACGUUAGCUAAAGCUAAGCAACGAUGGCUCCGCUCCGCUCUGACCGUCACCAUGAACUCUGAGAGCGACGUGCUGAUGAAAGAGUACAUCAAGAUGAUGAUAGAUAUGAUCUUGCUGUGCGCCACUCUGGCUCUCUCGCUCUCCUUCUGGGUGAUCUCCAUCACCAUCAGCAGCUACUUCGGGACACUGCAGCCUGUGUCGCCAUGGCGAUGGUUGUUCUCCAUCUUGGUUCCCCUCAUGCUGACGAUCCGAGCGUCGAAGAGAGGAAGUCUGAGCUGCUCCGGAGUGAUGGGAGCUCUGCUCGUAGGAUUCGUGCUGACGAUGGCGAACUACAGCUUCUUCUCCGCUCUGCUGGCCUUCUUCAUCACUUCCUCCAAACUGACCCGCUGGGGAGGAGCACAGAAGAGGAAACUCGACGCCGAGUACAAAGAAGGGGGUCAGAGGAACUGGAUCCAGGUGUUCUGUAACGGAGGAGUUCCCACAGAGCUGGCUCUGCUUUAUAUGAUCGAGGUGGGUCCCGGUGAGAUGCCCAUCGACUUCAGCAGACAGUACACGGCCUCCUGGAUGUGUCUCUCUCUGCUGGGAGCUCUGGCCUGCAGCAGCGGGGACACCUGGGCGUCGGAGGUGGGGCCUGUUCUCAGCCAAUCACAGCCCAGACUCAUCACCACCUGGAAGGAAGUCCCAGCGGGAACGAACGGAGGCGUCACCGCCGUCGGACUGGUCGCCAGCUUCCUGGGCGGGCUGGUGGUGGGCGGGGCUUAUUACGUAACGCAGCUCCUGUUGGUGGACGACCUGAACCUGGUGAACCCCCAGUGGCCAAUCGUGGUGUACGGGGGCGUGGCCGGGCUGCUGGGGUCGAUGCUGGACUCUUUCCUGGGAGCUCACAUGCAAUACUCGGGCUUCGACUCGAGCAUCGGGAAGGUGGUGAGCUACCAGUCGGCCACGACCCGGCGGAUCUGUGGGAAACCGAUCUUAGACAACAACGCGGUGAACCUGUUCUCCUCCGUCCUGGUCGCUCUCAUCCUGCCCGGGCUGGCGUGGGGGAUGUGGCCGCAGUAGACGGACUGUAAAGAGAUCCGCGUAAUCUGUUGGACACAAAGACACGGACGCUUAAGAGACUCCGAAUAUGAUGGAGAGGAAAACAAAAACAUUUUACAGUGUGUCGUACAUCCACUCAAUGAUGCAACUGAAUUGAACAGAUAGAUGGACGGAGGAUAGACUCAAUAAAUGCUGCCACCACACGUACAAUAAUAAACAUGAAAUAAUCUCAA